GCCGGGCCGGGCGCUUCUCCCGCGGGGCGCCGGGACAGCCGCCGGGCCCGAGAUGUGACCAUGGACAGCAGGUUCAAGGAAAAUCCAGAACGUAUUUUUGAUUUGGUACUGAAGGUAAAAUGCCAGACUUCUGAAAAUGAAGAUCCAGUGGUACUGUGGAAGUUCCCGGAGGACUUUGGAGACCAGGAAGUGUUGAACAGUAUUCCGAAGUUCUGCUUUCCUUUUGACAUUGAAAGGGUGUCCCAAAACCAAGUAGGACAGCAUUUUACCUUUGUGCUUACCGACAUUGAAAGUAAACAAAGGUUUGGAUUUUGCCGCCUGACAUCAGGAGGCAAGGUCUGCCUCUGUAUUCUGAGUUACCUACCAUGGUUUGAGGUAUAUUACAAGCUGUUAAAUACCCUGGCAGAUUAUUUGGCUAAAGAACAGGAAAAUGACUCAAAUGAUUUGUUAAAAUCAUUGUAUAGCCAUCCUGUGCCAAAGGCAAACGCUCUUGUCAGUUUAAGUGUGAACCAAGAGAUGAUUUUUGCAAGUGAGCAAGUUUUGAAAAAACAGCCUUUUCUUGUAUCGCACUCAUACUUCAUUACUCCUGAUAUAACUGGAUUGCCAACAAUCCCUGAAAGUAGAAACCUCACUGAGUAUUUUGUUGCUGUGGAUGUGAACAACAUGCUGCAACUUUAUGCCAGUAUGUUGCAUGAGAGACGAAUCAUUAUUACCUCUAGCAAACUAAGCACUUUAACUGCUUGUGUUCAUGCAUCAGCUGCAUUGUUAUAUCCGAUGUACUGGCAACACAUUUACAUCCCAGUGCUUCCUGCCCAUCUUCUGGACUACUGCUGUGCACCAAUGCCAUAUCUAAUUGGCGUCCACUUAAGCUUAAUAGAGAGAGUAAAAAAUAGAUCACUGGAAGAUGUGGUUUUGCUAAAUGUUGACACAAACACUCUAGAAACCCCCUUUAAUGACCUGAACAACCUACCUAGUGAAGUGGUCUCGGCCUUGAAAAAUAAACUGAAAAAGCAGUCUACAGCUACGGGUGAUGGAGUAGCAAAGGCCUUUCUUCGGGCACAGGCAGCACUGUUUGGAUCCUACAGAGAUGCACUAAGAUACAAACCAGGAGAACCUAUCACUUUUUGCGAGAAUAGUUUUGUAAAGUGUCGUUCCAGUACUACUAAACAGUUCCUGGAAACUGCUGUUAAUCUGCAACUGUUUAAACAGUUUAUUGAUGGUCGACUAUCAAAAUUAAAUACAGGAAGGGGAUUCUCUGAUGCUUUUGAAGAAGAAAUCACAGCAGGAGGCUUUUGUGGAGGAAAUUCAAGAUCUUACCAACAGUGGAUGCAUACAGUAAAGAAAGGUGGUGCACUGAUCAACACGGCAAUGACCAAAGCCACUCCAGCUGUGAAAACAGCAUAUAAAUUUGCAAAAAAUCAUGCAAGACAAGGAAUAAAAGAAGUGAAGAGUAAGUUAAAACACAAGGAGAGUGAGGAAGAGUAUGGAACUUGCAGCUCUGGCGCAGUACGAAGUGCUCCUGUCUAUACAUUGCAUAAUGAGAAAAGAGGAAACUCAGAAAAACGGAGGCUUGCACAGACACGUUUCAACCAGCAUCUCAGUAACCAUGAUUUUGCUUUGGAUGAAGAUGAUGAUGAAAUGGACAGAACAAGCAAGUUGUCAUCAGAAGACAGUGAGGAAGCUUCUGCUUACUUUUAUGACAGUGAUGAUUCUGGUGAAGCUGGAGUAACUUCUCAGCAUCAAGGAGAAAUGGACUUGCUUGGAGAAAUUUUGGACACGCUGAGCACACAUAGUUCAGAUCAAGGAAAGCUCUCAGGAGCAAAGAGCCUGGAUUUCUUUAGAUCAAUGGAUGAGAUUGAUUACAAGACCACGAACAAGUCAAAUGCACCUAGUGAGAGCAACCUUACCCUGCUCUGCAGUAGUAAUGACCAAGCAGAUUGGAAUCUUGGUCAGGAUGACAGUGUCCUCCACGGGAAACAGCUCCCUCCAUCACCAAGGAAGCAAGUUUCUUAUAGCGGCCACAGAGAAUCUCUCUCAAAGUUGGAAGAAGAAAGUAAUGACCAAACUUCUAUUAUUGACAAGAUGAACAUCCCUCAUGGUUGUAUAACACCCCCAUCUUCAGUACAAUCAAGUGCCCAGUUUGCUGCUUUAGAAGGUUUCCAAGCAGGGUACUCUUCCUGUAAGUAUGCAAAGCAGAAUGCAACACUAAGCAAUACCUCAGAAGAUCAGUUCCCAGCAAGUCUUGCUCAACAUCCAUCCAUUCUGGUCCCUUGGGAAAAAGAUGGGAAAGAAGUAAAUGAAACUUCAGAAGAGGGUGGACUUCUUCAGGAAGUGGUGUCAUUAUGUAAACUGACUUCUGCUUUUCACUAUGGUUUAAAUAUUUCAAAAGAUAAUUUAACUAGCAGUAGCAGUGGAAAUAAAACAUAAGGAAACUAUGAGAAGAGAAACUUGACUCCCAUCUGAAGUUAGAGGGAGACUACUCAGGACUCCAUUUAACUCUGUAAUCAUGAUAACCAAAAGAUGAAAAAGGAAUGAGAGAUCUUCAAUUAUAAGAGUAAUUCUCUUCAGCUGAGUAUGCAUUUUCUGCCAUUGAGACAUCAGCUUUUGCGUUUACCCACUUCAUUUGUUAGCUGUAGUUAGGUCCACGAGAUGGAACUAAAUAUACAAAUGCACUCUUAAAUCAGGUACUACGUAGUCUGCAUAUUAAAAAUACAGCGGUGAAUGGUGCUUACUAGCAUUUACUUAUGAGCAGCAGGAAAAGUAUCAUCUAAAAGAUAACUAGAUUCUUGAAGGUACUGUAUUAAUCCUAUUAAGCGUGAAAUGAACCGAACAAUCUAGAUCUGUCUGAAAUGUACAAAUGUUAAUAUUUAUAAUGAGUAAUUGCCUUAAUCUUUUGAGAAAAGGUUUAAUUAUCCUAGAAGAUGAAUGCAAAUAUGCAAAACAGCAAUAAUGAUUUUCCAUAGCAAGAAUUUGUUUCAGCAAAGGGAAAAAAAGGAUGCUUUCUUAGAUUAAAGGAUUGAAUAUACCUUGGAAUUUACUGCAAACUGAAACUGUGGCCCUGUCUUCCAGACUUCAGAAAGGUAGUGCAUGUUUUUCUCUUCUGUAAAGUACAUGAAGUGCUGAAUUAUAAUGUGAAGUUUAUUAACUUCUGUUUACAACUAAGACACUUUAAAGAGAUACUGUCCAGUUUCCCUAGGUAGACUCUUUCAUCUAAAAGUUUUCAAAAAGGAAAAUGUAAGUGGAAUUGAUAGAUUUUUGUUACUUUUUAUUUUCUACAGUUUAAUAAUAGUAUUUGAAAACUGAUUUGUGCCUCUUGAGCAGUGUUCUUUUGAUUUUUAGUAGCUACCUUUUUAAAGGUAGGUUGAAUUACUGUGACUUAGAAGUCAUAUUUAAAUUAUUAAAGAGUCAUGGCUGAAAAUUACUUGUAACACUGUAAAACUAAAAUAGUGAGUUCAGCUUGAGACUGCAUAUAUCCAACUCUCAUUUUAGCCAAACUGAGCACUCAGAAAUCUCUUUGCAAAUUCAGUGAAGGAAAUUGCAUGGACUUGUUGUAGAUUGCGUUUAGAAUGUGCUUUUUAUCCUCCUUCAGGCAGCAUUCCUAAAGAAUAUUUAGAGUUUAAAGACAUUGUUUCUUGCUGCUGUAAGGAACACCUCUCUCCUCUCUUUAUUUUCCCCCACUUUCUAUUCUCUUCCACUCCACCUUUCCAUACAUUCCUUCCUCCAAAAUAGCUCAGGUUAGGAAAGGUGUGAAGCAAGCUUCACUAGAUUAUGCUUGUCGACUUUGAAGGAUAUUUAUGAUGCAGCUGGUGGAAGUUACACAAUGCUUAUAGAAAGAACUGUGCCUGAGAAGAAUGCUCUCCUACUCUUUUUAACUGAUGACAGAAACCCUUUCUCUUUCUUUCUCCUUUUUGCUCUAAUGAUUAGUCUUACCUGCAGUGCAGGCCUGAGUGAGCAAGGUAGUGUGGUCAGGAGUUAGAGCAGAUUGUACUUGAAUAUCUAGAUAGUAGUUUGUAAUGAAGUUUAAUACGAGUUGUCACAUUCAGAUUUAUGAAUGAAUCUUCUUUUUAGCUAAGGCAGUUUCAAAGAUUUUUCUUUGACUGCUUUAUUAUGAGGCUGUUGAUCCAACUGAAUGGAUCCAUCUGAAUACAAAGGUGAUGUCUGAUGUUCUAUCAAAGAGGUUCAGCAUAGGACCUUGGGUUUCUAAAGGCGAAAGUUUCAGCUAUAUGUUUCAGAAUAUGGUCUGUCUGAGGAGAAGAGAGAAGGACCAGCGCUUGUCAUUGAUGAAGAUGGGCCUCCAGAAUUAAUCUUUCUUAAUAAGUACAAAACAGGGCUACGGUUGUAGAAACGCAAAUCUUACAGAAAUGUCUGUGUCUGAUGAGAGACUGAACACUCCUGAGGGCUCCUGCAAUCUGUGUUGCUGUAGGAUCUCAGUAUUCGUAAGUUAGAAGUUUUUGUCUAAAGGUCUGUACUCCAAGAGCUAUCCGUUUAUCUGUCUUAUGAUUUCCUGUUGUAUGUUUCAACGCAGUAUGUAAGCUGGAAUUUUUAUUAUCAUAAAAAUGUUACUUGGCAAACUAUUUUGCUCUAUUAAAAUAAAAGAACUUAAAAAGUCUUAGCUGUGACCUUAUCAAUGGGUCAGACAGGGUGGCUAGGGUGCUGUUAAGAUGAGAAAGCCCCAAGGCAGCCUCAAGGAUACUUUCUGAAAGGUGAUAUUAGUAACUCAGAAGGGGGCAUUCUUCUCCUUUGCUAGUUCUGAACAAUACCCAAAUGUAGAGCUGCUAACUGUUUCAGAGAGAUAUUGCAAAGGCCUAUGUACUCCUAGUACUUCACACUCAUUCUCAUUCAUGUACUUGCAUUUUGCUUACUAGAAUUUCAAGAUUCACGUUUCUUUCCCUCUACAUCUGAUGCAAAGUCUCAGUCCACAGUCCCAUCUAAGAUAGUAUUUUACUGUCUUUAUAUAUUGAAGAUAAUAAAUAGUCUUAAGGGGGGAAAAAAAGGAAAAAUUUCAGAAAUGAUGGCCAUGAUUACUUUCAAAUCUAUCAAAUGUGUAAGUCCAAGAAUGCUGCCUGGUUCAGGAAUACUACCAGAAAAUGAUUUUCAAAAAUGUCUGUCUAGUGAAACAUAUCCUGCUGGUUUUACCUGAGAGUUGGGUAAUGAACUCCCAUUGUCACAUAAAUUUUCCCAUUCUCACCUUUCUGGGAAAAAAAAAUAUGGAAGCCUUAUUUGUAUAAGGCAGCUAAUAUCCUUAUAAUUAUUGUAAGAAACAUAAAAUUGAAAGUUUGAUAAUAGAAUCUUUCAAAAUUGAUGCACCACUAUAAUAAUUCACUUUUUCGUUAAAUGAAAAUGCGGGCUGAAAAGAAGUAGGAAGCUAAGUUUAAAGAUGGAAGGUAAUAUUCAGUUUAAAAUGAUUUUUCUAGUUCAGUUCUCAUCAAUAUAUUAGUUACUGUGCUUAUGCCAUGUUCUUUCAUUAUUUGUACAGCUCAUAGAGUGUUUACAGUCAUUGAAUUUUAUGUCUUUUUUGGUUUUGAACCUUGUAUAUGUUCAAAAAUAACUCCAUCUUAUAUCUGUGUUGAAUUUAACAGUAGGUACAUUUUUAAGUCUGUAAUAUUAGAGUCUUUUCCACUUACUAUCAGUGAUCUUUUUAAAAGGCUAAUAUUUGUGCCUUAUUGAAACAGCAUAGCAAGUUACCAAAUAGAUAAAAGUCCAAACUGAUAUUACCGGUUCAACACUGUUCUACUCUGUCCUCAUGAUAGUGUAAGGCUAUCUAUUGGCUACAUAUACAAUAUUUUUAUUACCACAUUGGGUCCUAUAGUAAGAAAUAUUGUGCAGAUCCAGUACUUUUUAUGAAUUUUAUACCUGUAUGGGUUUUAUUUGUGGAAGUUCUUCUAAUGGCUUUGAAAACCAUCAACAUUUCAUCACCACCUACUGGUGAGAACUGAAUUCUGCUUAGUCAGAAAGCUCCUGUAGUCUCCUUUAGAGGCAUGUAUUUUUUUCAAACAAACCAGGGUCUCAAAAAUCUUCCCAGUUAAGGGAGAUACCAGAUUAUUUGAUUAAGCUUUAUAAUCUGUUACUUAUACUUAGGAACAAAUUUCUGACCUGAGGAGUCAAACUAAGAUUUGAAUGUAAGAUCUUCCAGUUUAUUUCUCAUAGAUACCUGCUUGAAAUGAGCCAUGUUGCUCAUCUGAUUUGGGGAAAAAAGUAAGGACAAGAGAAGGAGAAAGGGAUUUCUGGAUUGUUCCAGCAGGGUAGUGAAGCAGAGCCUGGGAGUCCACAGGAGCAAUGGUAACUCUGAGGAAAUCCUGGUUUCAGGGUCCUGUUUAUUAUUCUAGCUCAGUUAUUGUGAUUCCAACCUAAUCAUGUAGGUGAAAGUAAUACUGCCUUUACAGCAAAUCCCCUGUGGGACUGAUGGAACAGAUGAUACAUUGUCCCAGUCAGAGCCUUCCCAGAGCUACACUGUGGGAAAACUGUGCAGGUAUUCAGGGAUGAACAGCACUGUGGGUGCAAAGGUGAUCCUUAGCCACCCUCUAUGCAUGCAGAGGGCCAUCUGUAGAGAGGGCACUGCUUUGCUCUUCCUUCCCACAUGUUUGGGGGUCAUGUAACUCCUAAACAUUGUUCUGAAGAAAAAAUGUAGUUGUAGAAGUUGUAAUUUAGCUUUUUGACUCAUACCUUCAUUGUUGUUUAGCAUUUCAGUGAUACUGCUGCUGUUUGGCUAAGGGUGGGAUCAUCAGAAAUUCUCAGCACUAGCUGAAGUCUCCUCUCAGGCAUUUUAACACAGACUUCAGUAGGAGUUUUAGACAUGCUGGGUGCUUUUGAAAAUCUCACCUAACAUAUUAAGAGAAAUAUUUUAGAUCUCAAAAAUCUAUUUUAGAUGUCUUCAGGUUUUUGAAUGAACUUGUUACAGCCUUGUGUUCUUGAAAACUACUUAAGUUUUAGACAUAAGAAAAGUUAAACCAUUUUUUUAAGCAGCUUCUAUUUUCCACCUGCAAUCAAUCAUAUUCUGUUCUGCAGAACAAUCUUUCACUGAGGCCUCUGUCAAGUGGAAUUGCUGUGAGCAUCUGAAAUCUUUUCUCUGUGCAUAUAAUCAAUUGAAAAAAAACCAAUUUCAUGCAAUAAGUAAAGUGCCAGCACAAGGCCCUUUUGCAAAUGCACCCUCUGUGUAAUACUGACUCUAGUACCCUGUCCAGCAGAAAGGAGCCCCAUAACAGUCUCUAUAGGGAGAUAGUAUGUUGUGUCUUGGUGCCAGAUGCUACUCUGGGUGCUAUGAGAUUCCAGCCAGCUUUCUCCCAACCGUCUGGAAUUUCAAGAUAAACAAACAUAGAUAAUGAUGUCUGAGGCAAGCAGCUUCUUUAGUGCAAAGCUCAGAGUGGUCAGGCUCUCAGUUUUCAAGGUAUCAGGGUAAAUUUUUGGAGGGUAAAUGUAGAGAUGCACCAGCAAAGGCAGUGUGGAUGGUGGUGUGAGUUGUAUUGUCUCCAGGAACCACCUCUUUGCUGCUCUUAGGUGUUUAUAUCUUUGUCAGGUAUUGUUUAUGGGCCAUAGGCUGAUCAGACUGUGUCUUUGUCUUCAUCCCAAGGGCAUAAACCACUGUAAGUCUGCAAUUCAUGAUCUUCAGGGUGGUUGAAGAUAAGGGAAUGAAAAAGAGAUAGUGUGUUUUUAACACAUAAAACCUUCCUUGAUCUGCUGUAUCUAAUGGCUGUUUUGCAACUUUAGUUGGUGACCAAUCAAAAAUACUUAAUGGAUCUUUCCAGGAAACUGCUAAACUUCUAAACAGAGUUGCCUGAAGAUCCACAGCAAGCUUAAUCUAGAGGGUCGUCUACCAUCCAUGUAGCUGACAGGGCCGUCGCUGUUUUCUGCUGGACCAGAGUACGAAGCAGGCAGCACAGUUGAGUUACCCUAAGGUUUACUGCAGUAAGGGUAAUCAAAAGAAAUUCAUGUGUACCUAUUCCUUAGGUCAAUACUAAUAACGUUUAUGGUUAGAGUCCAGUAGCAGUAUUAGCGUCUGAAAAAUAAGUUGAGUUCAGGUAAGUGGAUGUUUGUUAUUAUUCUGUGUAAAUUGACGUUUUGUUUCUGUUAAGGGAGCUACUUGGAUGGGGGCGGGAUGGGGAAUGUGUUGACUUUCAAAUCUACAGUGAAUUUUGUGCAAUAUUUCUCCUUGUUUCAAAGUAAUUUAGUAGUUACAAAUGUGUGCAUCUGCUUUUCAAGGAGAUCCUUGAAAUGGUAUUUUUCAGAAAUGUGUAAAAUUACAUGUAGCAUUGAAAUAUAGUUGUAUGAUAAAAACAUGAACAAUAUAUUCUAAUGAGGCAAAUGUAUAUUUCCAAUGAUUAGAAAUGAUUACGGUUGUCACAUUCUACUAAAAUAAUAUGGCCUGAGCCAAUACAAGUAGUUAAAAUUAAUAGUAAAAAAUGUAUCCCACUUUUGAUUGAUACUAAAUUGAAAUAUAGGUUAAAUAUUAGAAUUUAUGGUAUUUACUUUAUCAUUUGAUCAUUAGUGUAUCAUUGAUAAAAAGAUCUGAAAGAAAUUAAGCAUUGCUAUUCAGUACCACCAGUGAGGUAACAGUUCAUGGUGAGGACCAUGUAUUUUAAGAAUUAAGUUUGUGACAUCCCUAAUUAUUUUGUCAUUAUUUAAAAGCUCAACUAAUGUUGCCUGUAUUCUUUUAAAUUUUUUGUAAAUUAAUUUCUGUGUAUAUUGAUGUACAUUUUGUUUUAAUCUUCAGUUUUCCCUUGAGAACUACUUUAAAUUAAAUUGAAUUACUUGAAUGAGGCAAUAAAGCACUGUGGAACAGCUAGUCUUGGUUCAACUUGCAAACAA